AUGUUCUGCGCACGGAGCCUGCUCAAACGUAGCCUCGGCCGCAUAUAUGCAUCAAGGUACUCUACGAAUGCGUUUUCUCCUCCACAGAAAGGCGAUCGAGUGAUCGUGGGUAUGUCGGGAGGCAUAGACUCGUCGGUCAGCGCCAAACUACUCGCCCAACAAGACUACGACCUCUCUGCCGUAUUCAUGCGCAACUGGGAUACGCGAGAUGAAUACGGCACCUCCGAGAAAGGGUGUGAGUGGGAGAAGGACUGGGCGGACGUGCAGAAAGUGUGCCGCGCGUACGAUAUCCCGUGCCAAAUGGUUGAUUUGUCAAAAGAGUACUGGACACGCGUCUUCGAGCCUUCGUUAAGGAAAUGGGAAGACGGAAUCACCCCGAAUCCAGAUGUUUGGUGUAAUCGAGAGAUCAAGUUUGGUGCUCUGCUCGAACACCUUCCUGUUCGAGAUCCGAAGAAGCCUCCGUGGCUGGCUACAGGUCACUACGCUCGAAGAGACUGGUCAUCUCCGCGGCCCCGACUGCUCAGAUCUGCCGACCCACGCAAGGAUCAAACCUACUAUCUAUCAUCCAUAACCGAGGGCGGACUUGCGAGCGCCCUUUUCCCCAUCGGACACUUGACCAAGUCAGAGGUCAAGGUGAUAGCCAAUGACGGAGUCAUGCCUUCAGAAGUACUGGAACGAGACGAAAGCAUGGGUCUGUGUUUCAUCGGACAGAAGAACCGCACAGACUUCAAGCAGUUCUUGUCUUCCUAUAUUCCUCCUUCUCCCGGUCCCUUGAAGCUGCUCACUUCGGGCAAGGAAGUGGGCAGACAUAACGGUCUCUGGUCUUUCACCAUCGGGGAGAACGUUCGUAUCAACGGGAUGCCUGAGCGCUUGUUUGCCGUGCGAAAAGACAUCCCAAGCAACACCAUCUUCGUCGGACCCGCCAGGGAGUCAGCAUUAUUGUGCUCGGCCGUGCAAUCGCAUGAUUUCACGUGGAUAUGGCCGGACGACCCACCGGAAGGGAUAUCAGCACCUGGAGGUGCGCGCUUGUUUGCUCAAGUCCGGCAUAAGAUGCCUCCAGUUCAAUGCACGGUCACGUCGAUGCACGACGAUGCGGUUCAAGUCGAUUUCGACGAAGAGCUGAAAGGCGUCGCGGCUGGACAGGUCGUAGCCUUGUGGGACGGAGACUGGUGUUUGGGCUGUGGGACUAUCUCGACUGCCAUGUAAUCGACCUCGCCAUCCUGGCACCGCUCUGACACAAGAAUGAAUCAAAACAAUAUUGCAUUCUAUGCACGGAAAUCUUCAUUCAUAAU